AUGAAUUUUGACGAGGACGAAGAUUUUUAUCCGAUUCCUGACGAAAACAUAGAUUUCGAGUCAGUAUAUGCUUUACACAAUUUUCAAGCCACGGUGGAAGGUCAGGUUAACGUUGAAAGAGAUGAUAAGCUAAAGUUACUAGACGAUUCUAAUAGUUACUGGUGGUUGGUUAAAGUUUUAAAGUGUGGUGCGGUCGGUUACAUACCCGCCGAGAGUAUCGAAAUUCCUCAUGAAAGAUUGGCUAGGCUAAAUAGGCAUCGUAAUGUUAAUUUAGCAUCCUCAAUAAAUAACAAAAAGGAAGAUUAUCUAAAAAAGGAGCGUAAAGGACAAGGAAAAUUUGUUUCUUUUAACUCUCCUCUAUAUAUAAUAGCUGAGGGGCCUCUCGACUAUUUUGAUGAUGCGGACGACAGUAGUUUAGAUUAUUCUGAAGAUGACGAAUCAUACGAAAAUGACACCGAAGCAACAACCGAAUAUGCACAAAACCAUGAAAAGGCUGAAGAUUCAGAUGAUAUGGUUGAAUCACUAACAUCCAACUAUGAGAAUUCUGAUACAAGACAAGGAAGAUCUCCAAAAUUUGACGAAGCAUCCAGCGAAGAAAAUCAGCAUCAGAUUCUUGAAGGAGAUUCACCACGAUAUAGCCAAGACAUGCAGCCGACAGAUCAACAACACUUUGACCAACUCAGUCAUAAACAAAAUUUUGAACCUGUUGCGUCACCGAUCUUGCAACGGAGCGAGUUUACGCAUGAUGAAAAGAUGAAGCAAUCGAAUGUUUACACGAACGGACAGAAUAAUCCUGCGUCCAAUAUUCCUUCAAACAUCACACAGGUUAUAAAUCGACCGGGUGAAACCAUUAAAACAUCAUUGACACCGACCUUGGGGAGUGAUUUUAUGGAUUUUUCGGACGACGAGGAAGAGGAACUUCAGUCUGACGGUAAAUUGACCAAGCUCCUUGGCAAUGAUCCUGCGAAAACAAGAAUGUCAUUUGAGGAAUUUAUUAAGAGUGAAGAAAGAGACGAAAAGAAAGGAGGAAAAUCAAAGAAAGAAGAAAAGAAAAAAGAGGGUGGAAGGUUCAUGAAUUUUUUUAAAAGAAAAUCAAAGAAAAAGGAGGAAGAAUCACCUAAACAACUUGUAUCGGUGUCGAGCACUUUCGGAAAUAAUAAGGCUAAACCAACAAACGUGCAGGCGGAUCCUCAAUAUCAAAGAAAAGGAUCCUUGACAACUCAACAAAGAAACCAAGCUCAAACUCAGAUGCAAGUUGAUCCCCAUUCACGACGUCAAGUGCCGCAGCAAGUUCAACCAAAAAUGCAAACCUCAGUUCGGCUUCCAUUACAACAAGGAUCACA